CCACACUCAUCCUAGAUCCUCUAUUAUUUAAAACACCACCAACCUUAAAAUAAAUUACACGUUAUUUGAGCUGCUUGUAUGAUAAUUGAUGCCCUCUUAUACAACAUUACAUUUCACUCGCGAUACCACAAGCUGCUUAAGGCACUUUUACAGGUUGUUGACAUUUUGCUUGUGCCGUCACGUGACACUCCGGUGAACUUUGUCAAAGUCCCUUUCUGUUCAGUUCACUGACUUGUGAAGUAAACAUCAGAUUGAGACUGAGAUGCUAUAGAUUAGUUUACAGCUGAUUGUGUAGCCAAACUUAGCGUAAAAGACAAUAUGGAGGUAACAUUUACUGGAAAGCGAGCUUUAGUGACUGGAGCUGGCAAAGGGAUUGGACGGGCCACCGCACUGGCUCUGGCACGUUGUGGGGCAGAGGUCACGGCUGUCACACGCACGAAAGCUGACCUGGAUAGCCUAUUGCAGGAGUGUCCCUCCAUUAAACCGGUAUGCGUGGACCUGUCGGACUGGGAUGCCACAGAGCAGGCGCUGAGAGAUGUUGGUCCAGUGGAUCUGCUGGUGAACAAUGCAGCCUAUGCUAAUCUUCAGCCCUUUUUGGAGGUCACGCCAGAUCAGUUUGACAUGUCUUUCAAUGUCAACGUGAAAGCUGCACUUCAUGUUGCUCAAAUUGUAGCUCGUGGUAUGAAGGCCAGAGGAAGUGGGGGCUCCAUUGUGAACAUCUCUAGCCAGGCUUCACAUUGUGCUUUAAAAGACCAUGCAGUAUAUUGUGCCACAAAAGGAGCUUUGGACAUGCUGACCAGAGUGAUGGCGCUGGAGUUGGGGCCAUAUCAGAUAAGAGUAAACUCAGUGAAUCCAACCGUUGUGAUGACACAGAUGGGUAAAAUUGCAUGGAGUGAUCCAGAAAAGGCCAAAAGCAUGACAGUACGUAUUCCACUGGGUAAAUUUGCAGAAGUGGAGGAUGUGGUCAACUCCAUCCUCUUCCUCCUCAGCGAUAAGAGUGCCAUGACCAAUGGGGUGAUGCUGCCAGUGGAUGGGGGUUUUCUGGCCUGCUAAAACUGAUUAUGGUGUUUCAUCAUGUUGUUUGGAGAUCAUCCCUCGAAAAACAGUAGAAAAAGUACAGUAUUUUCCGGAUUUUCAAAGUCGUGCACAGUUUAAUGAACUGCAUUGUACACAUACCUGUUACAACUCUCAUGACAAUUCAUAUGCAUAACAUGUGGAUUGUGCCAUAUUAAAGAGAUAGUUCACCCAAAAAUGAAAAUUCUGUCAUCGUUUACUAACCAUCAUGUUGUUACAAACCUGAAUGUUCACACUUUUUUUUUUUUUUUUUUUUUGCAUAUUGUUAGCAGGGACCAUCAAACUUUCUUUGAAUUGAAAACCUCACAAAAUGAAAUAGACAUUUUGCUGAAAAGAACAAUGAUCACAAAACCUUUCCUUUGUAGUGUGAAGGUCUCUCCUUCUAGUCAGUUCCAGUUGCCAUGACAAUACUGUAGAUUUUACUGUCAGGUCUCUCAAGUCCUGUAAUUUCAAGUACAACCAGUAGAGAUCACCAUUUACAAUCAUGUCUGGAUUGUUUAUUCCAAGAAGUAGUGAUAAAAUCAAGAUUUUCCUGAUCACAUUUUUUGAAUUAAGGAUUCUAAAGACCUCAGCAACUAAUGAAUUACAUGUUUAUUGUGAAUAAAUAUUUUGCACUAUACAAUAUUUAGACAAAGCACUUGAUUGUAUGUGGCUACAUAGACGUUACAAUGUAAAAGUAUUGCAAAUGUCUGUAUUAACAUUAUUAAUAUUUUUGGCAGGAAUGCCAAAAAGUAAAAAAAAAAAAAAAAAAAAAAAAAAAAAA